AAAAUAAAACCAGGGUGUUCACAGCUUCACCAAUCUCCAAUCUCCUGUAAGAUUCAAAAGGACAGACGAGAGGCUAAAAUCCCAUGAUUCUAAACAUGAAGACUUCUGAUGGUUAAAUCUAAUUAACUGCUUUAAAUCACCGCCAGGAGCUUGGAUCCUGACUUCUAGCAGUAAUAGUCUGUGUAAAACUUCGAUCUAUAAUCACUCUCUCAAUGCCUGGAUGCACUAAUCAGAAACAUAAGAGACUGAGAGAAAACCCUGAGAGAAAGAGACUUUAACAUUGAAAAUUUACAAGGCGAGAGUCCUUUCCCCGUUUACUGCCUGAGAAGUAAUGUAAUAGCCACUGUAAAAAAAAAAAAUGACGAUGAACAGUACAUGUGUUGAAGAACAGCAUGACUUGGACCACUAUUUGUUCCCGGUGGUCUACAUAUUUGUGUUUAUAGUCAGCGUCCCAGCCAACAUCGGCUCUUUAUGUGUAUCUUUUCUGCAAGCGAAGAAGGAAAAUGAACUAGGAGUUUACCUCUUCAGUCUGUCACUGUCAGAUCUGCUGUAUGCGUUGACGCUGCCUCUCUGGAUAAACUACACUUGGAAUAAAGACAACUGGACGCUCUCUCCCACCUUGUGCAAAGGAAGCGUUUUCUUCACCUACCUGAACUUUUACAGCAGCACGGCCUUCCUCACUUGCAUUGCCUUGGACCGCUAUUUAGCAGUCGUCUACCCUCUAAGGUUUUCUUUUCUAAGAACAAGAAGAUUUGCAUUUAUCACCAGCCUGUCUAUCUGGAUAUUGGAAUCGGUCUUUAACUCCAUCCUUCUGUGGGAAGACGAAACAAGUGUCGAAUACUGUGAUGCGGAGAAAUCUAAUUUCACUCUCUGCUAUGACAAAUACCCUCUGGAGAAGUGGCAGAUAAACCUCAACCUGUUCAGGACGUGCCUGGGCUACGCAAUACCCUUGGUCACCAUCAUGAUCUGCAACCAUAAAGUCUACCGCGCCGUGAAGCACAACCAAGCCACGGAAAACAACGAAAGGAGAAGGAUCAUAAAGCUGCUUGCCAGCAUCACGCUGACUUUCAUCUUAUGCUUUACCCCCUUCCACGUGAUGGUGCUCAUCCGCUGCAUUUUAGAGCGCAACGUGAACUUCAAUAACAAGACUGGAAAGCAGACAUUUACGGUGUACAGAAUCACAGUGGCUCUGACUAGUCUAAACUGUGUUGCCGAUCCAAUUCUCUACUGUUUCGUGACGGAAACCGGGAGAUCCGAUAUGUGGAACAUAUUAAAAGUGUGUGCUAGGAAGCGCAAUAGAUCCCGAGGACAAAAGAGAGACAUACUUUCUGUGUCCACAAGAGAUACCAUAGAACUGGAGAUUAUAGAAUAAAAAGUAGAGGCCGGUUAAGUUACAUGAUAUUCUCUAAUAAAAAUUAUACUUUGGAAAAGAAAUCCAGCAUAGGGCAAUCAAGUGCGAAUACUUUAGUCUACCCCCAUGGAGAUAUUUUGAAUGUGCAUUGUAUGACUCCUGUGCUGACUUUAUUAAGUAAGGUACAGAAAUGUAUUCUUUUGUAUGUAUUCUAAUGAUCAGGCAUCAUCAUUUCAGUACCAGGUCUCUUUGUCUCUGUGCUAUAACCCCCAAGAAGCAUGUAGGAUGGUACAUCAGGGGCCAUUCUAUCUGAUGGUUAGGAUUCCUUUCGUUGUUGCUGUCUUCGGAUUUUCAGUUUUAUCAUCUGUAUAAACCUGUCUUCAACAAGGUAACUGCUAAAGACUCCUAACCACAUUCAUUAACAAGUAUUUGAAGCCAUUCCAUGAACUGGGAUUUUUCCAUUGAGUACUUACUUGGGUUAUAAAAGAAAUGUUCUCAUGAACUUUGAUGUUUACAUACAUUUGGAGAUCUAGUCACCAAGUCACAUAAAGUAAAAGUAAAUGACUUUUUUA